AUGGGCUCACCUUCUUCGCCGCCCUCUAAAACGAAUGAGCAGCAACCGAUAUACUCCACUUCACCACAAUCCAUUCGUCACGAGUCACCAGCUUCAUUCGGUCAACUUUUUGACAGGCAUGGCAUUUCACCUUCAUUGACAAGCGAGAUCGAUGUUGUGCUUGAUGACGGAAGUCUUCAGCGACGACGUGUCUCAUUGACAAGCUUGACUGAAGGAGCAGCUGCAGCAACAAGCGCCUCAUCAGCGACUGACACGACUCCACUCCUCCUGCAUAAUAAGCAUCCCACGUAUAUGGAUCAAAGCCGUUCUCCAGCACCCUCGACGACAUCCUCCUCCUCUUCAACUGAUGACGACGAUGAUGAUGACGACGAUGAUGAUAGCAGCAGCGAAGAUGAUGAUGGUCAUAGCAUCUAUUCCACCUUGUUCUCUUUCAAAUGGUUGACUUGGUGCCGGCAACAUUGUAUACCCAACGUUAAACAGCAACGUGUACUCAAAUGCAGCUUUGCGUACUUCCUUGCUUCUCUUUUCACCUUUGUCCCAGCACUCAAUGCAGCUAUCGGUUACAAUCGCACAUCAAGCCAUCUUGUCGCUACGGCAACGGUCUUUUUCAAUCCUGCAAAAACACUCGGUGGCAUGAUUGAAGCAGCUGCGUAUGGUUGGGGCUACGUCUUUUUCGCUCUCACCAUCUCAUUGGGUUCCAUGGUUACCACCGAUUUCUUUGUGGAUCGCAACUUGUAUCGCACAGCACAUGCCAUCUCGUUGAUGUUUUGGUUAGCCGGCGCCACUUGGAUCAUUGCAUUUUUCAAAGCCUAUUGGAACAAGCCCCCUGUGGCAACAGCAUCAAGUCUUUGUUUCAUUAUCAUCUUCAUUGUUGUCGUGCGUGAAGGAUCAGCCAAUCGAGGUGAUUUCGACACCACUCGUAUCGAAGAAAUCAGCUCAGCCGUUGCAAUCGGCACCAUCAUUACCGUGCUAUGUUGUAUUAUCUUUUGGCCAGUGUCAGCAGUGGGAAAGCUAAAAAAAGAUAUCGAAUCAACCUUGAUCUCCUAUCGGACCUUAUUGAAGCUAUUGACCAAGACCUUCCUUUUGGAUGAUGAUCUCCCCGAGUUUGAAGCCAACAGAGAACUUCAUUCAGCAAUCGAAUCCCAUCGUGCCAGUUUUACAUCGUUGCAAAGCUCGUUGCAUGAAGCCAAGCUGGAGAUGUGUUUUCAUAAAGGAGAGAGACAAGCUGAAAAGUAUGAUCAGAUCAUUGCAUGUAUGCAUCGCCUUGCACAAUACGUUGGUGGAUUACGAAGUAGCUGUGGCAUCCAAUUUGAGCAUAUCAGCAACACAAAAACGAAUCAGAAGGCCAUGUCUGCCAGCUUGCAUCAAUCCAACAAACGAUCACGCAGUGUGGAUGGUGGCAUUUGGAAUGUUCGAGCAGGAUACCAUUUGCGUAAGCUGCAGGAUGAGAUACGCCGCCAAAAGACCAUGAUAUUGGAUGACAGGGAUUCCAAGAGAAGAAGAUCAGAUGAUGAAGGAUUGGAAACGAGGCGAUCAUCCAUUCGACGCCAUCAGCAACAGCAACAACAAAAGGAGGGUGCCACGUUGAUCAAGUUCAUAAAGACCAUUCGACAGCCUCUCAAAUCACUGGCUUUUACAUGCAAACGCACCAUAUCGCAAUUGCAAGAAGACUUUGGUACAACUCCACCUGCACAUCAAACCAUCCCACGUUGGAAGCUCAAAAACAACCUCAACAAGGCAAUGGAGCUAUUUGAAGUGGCGGAGCAUAAGGCUGUGGCACGACUGUAUCGCCAUCGCAACCACUCGUCGUCUAGCAACGCGGAUGAAGAAGCAUCGACUUAUGUGCCUGCAGAGGAUGUUUUGCUCGUGUACUUGUUUCUCUUCAACAUGCUUGAAUUCGCUCGUGAAUUGAUGCAGCUGGUGGAUGCUGUGGAUCAAUUGUCACGUGUCGAAGAAAUACAAUCCUCAUCGGCUGGUUGCUGUCAUGGGUGGUCACUUUAUUGGUUUUGGCCCAAAAAGGAGAAAAAGAACGCGCACAUAGCUGAAAUGAUUCCUAAUGAACGCAACACGGCUGAGACGCUUCACACUCGUACACCUAAAACACCAUGGCAACAAUUUCUAUGGCGGAUUUGGAAGUUUACUCAAUUGCUCAAGCAACAAAAGUUUCGUUAUGCUACUAAAGCUAUGGUGGCAGCUGUAUUGUUGGCAACACCUGCUUUUAUGGAAUCCACUGGCGACUGGUUUAGAGAAUGGCGAAUGGAAUGGGCCCUUAUUACACUUAUGGUCGUCAUGACACCAACAGUGGGAGGCACCAAUAUCGUGGCAAUCUAUCGCAUAUUUUCGACCAUUUUGGGCGUUUCAGCUGCAGCUUUGUUUUACAGCUUGUUCCCUGCCAACAUGUACAUCCUACCAAUACUCACGUGGCUAUUCUCGAUACCGAAUUUUUGGGUGAUCCUCAACCACAAGCAUGGCAAAUUUGGUCAAUUCACAUUACUAGCUUACAACCUGGUGAUGCUCAACAAGUACAAUGAUCGUGAGACAAAUCGAGUGGACGUUUGGUGGUUAGCCCUGCAAAGAUUUCUUGCCAUUGUGGUCGGCGUAGUGGUUGGGUUGUUUGCGACAGGCUAUGUAUGGCCAUUUGAGGCACGUGUCGAAUUGCGCAAAGGGCUAUCCGAUCUCUUGAUCCGAUUAGCAUGGGUGUAUCGCAAGCUUGUAUCAACAUACGCCAACCACAGUGACAUUAUUGUCAUUCCUUCCGACGCUGAUGGGCACGGACCAACACACGAAGAGAUUAAGGAGUUAGCAGCCCAAUCAUUUAUGGAUCUCGAGCUUGAUAUUCAACGCACACUCACUGAAUUGGGCGUAUUAUUGUCACAAGCACCCAACGAAUUUCGACUCAAGGGACCUUUUCCUGUUGAUACAUAUCGCUUGAUGUUACGAUCCUGCAGGAACAUUACCGACAAGUUCAUGGCAAUGCGGACUGUUAUUUUUAAAGAUGCAUGGAUCGAAAAUGUACAUCAUAGCCUUGUGCUUCCAGUGAGCCGUGAACGGCGUGAAAUGGCUGGCAACAUUCUCUUGUACUUUUAUCUACUCGCAUCGGCAUUAAGAUUGAAGACGCCUCUCCCGCCACAAUUUCCCCCAGCUCAUAGUGCAUGGAAAUCGCUUCUUACACGGAUGAGACAGCUACCCAUUGGACAAUCACAACAGCUAUUGGAUAUGGAUCAUGUGUAUAUGUUUUACUAUGCGUACAUCAUGAUGAUGGAGGACGUGAUUCGUGAAUUGGACAAGCUUGGCGAUAACAUGAAGGAAUUGUUUGGCGAAUUGAUACCACAGAGCCAAUGGAAUGAAAUGUUUGAUACAGUAUAA